AUGAAUUGGAAUGGCGGUUGGCCGGAUGAGUGGCAUUGUCAUUUUGCUGAGCUGCAUUCUGUUCCGUUACCUUUAUUGACUGAUUCAAUUCGUGAUAGAGUUCUUUGGGGUGAAGAUCGUACUUCUACUUCGGAUUUCUCGGUAAGUAAUGCGGGGGCUUUGUUAGAUGGUACCCACCCGGUUGUUCCUUGGUACAAAGCGGUCUGGUUCUYGGGACAUAUCCCUAAGCAUUCAUUUUGUUUAUGGCUCGCAUGCCAAAAGCGUCUYCCUACUCAAGAUCGUAUGAUUUGGAAGGAUGAGCCUCCUGAUCUAAAUUGCUCACUUUGUAAUCAGUGUAUGGAUAGCCAUUCCCAUUUAUUUUUUCAGUGUCCUUAUGCUCGUGAAGUUUGGGAUAGUAUCUUGCAUAUUAUUGAUCURAAGAAUUUCCCWCUUACGUGGGAUCUUAUUUUGGAAGCGAUUUCGGAUGUUAGUCGUCGUCCAAAGCGGUUAAUGCAGAAGCUUGCGAUCACAGCCUCUAUUUAUUAUAUUUGGCAGGAACGAAAUAGACGACUAUUUACUGGUGAGCGCCGCACAGCUUUACAACUUACCAAAGUCAUUCAUGAUUCUAUCUCAAUUCGUGCGGUUUGGUUGUCAAGGAGGCAUGUGAGAAGUGGUGGUUGA